GUAAAGCUUUUACAACUGUGCACUGUUGAAAAAACUCUCAGUAGGUUCAGGGAGAUGGGCAAAGUUAAAAGCAGUGCGAAAAUGCCUUCUUCGGGAGGCCUAGCAGUCAUUCUUUCAAGCUUUUUGUGUGUGCUCCUCGUCUUCCUUCUCAUCAAGAUCCUUCGAAGACUUUGGUGGACUCCGACUCGCAUACAGAAGCAGAUGGCUCUGCAGGGCAUCAGAGGCCCUCCUUACAGACUUAUCCACGGAAACACCAAACAAGUCUCUCACAUGAUGAAGGAAAUUAUGAACAGACCCAAAAAUUUAUCGCACGACAUAUUUUCUCGAGUUCAACCACACAUUCACUCUUGGACUCAGAUAUACGGUAACCCGGAAUCUCAUGUUAAAUGUGGUAAGAAUUAUCUUCAAUGGCAUGGUUCUAGAGCUCAGCUGGUUAUUACAGAACCUGAGUUAUGCAAAGAGAUACUUAAUAACAAAGAGAGGGCUUAUGGGAAAAGAGAGACCCCGAAAUUUUUGAAGAAGCUAUUAGGAGAUGGUCUUGUCACAACAACCGAAGCUGAAAAAUGGGCAAAAUUGCGGAAGCUGGCUACCCAUGCCUUCCAUGGAGAAAACUUAAAGUAA